AGAGAGAGAGUCCACCUGCUCCUGCUCCUCUUCAUGUGUGUCUGUUCUCAGUCCCUGCAGCAGCAGCAGCAGCUCUUCAGUGACUGAACUCAGAGCUGGUCCUCCUCUCUGAACCGCAGGGCUGAAGUGUGAGAGUGUGUUUUAUCGUCUGGUUUGUGGAUUAUUAUUUCUCUCUAAUGGAGAAAGUGGGAGUUUGGUGUGUGCUCUUCCUCACGGCUCUUUCUAACAGCGCUGCGGCGCCGAAACAGCGUCGGGCUGUGGAGGAGCCCAGGACCCAGCCCGAGGACCCCCAGGACCUCCUCCUCACACAGCUGCUGGGUGAUUAUGACAAAGUGAAAGCGCUUUCGGAAGGCGCUGACUGUGGCUGUAAAUGUGUUGUCAGAGCCGUGAGCAGGAGCGCCUGCGGCAGGACGGGAGAACUCGGCCACUCCUACAGCGUGGAAACCCUCAGCUCAGGCCCACACUGCAAGUGCACCUGCGUGGCUCCACCAUCAGUGCUCAACCCCUGUGAAGAAGACUUCAGGCUGAAGAAGCUUCGGGAAGCUGGCAAAGAAAAUGUCAAGUUCUCCUCCAUUAUCGACUUGCUGGAAGGGUCUUUUUAUGGCAUGGAUCUGCUGAAGCUGCACUCGGUCACCACUAAGCUCCUGCAGCGGGUGGAGAACAUUGAGAGGAGCCACAAUAAUGCUAUAACUGAAGUUGGGAGUGUGUCACCAAAACCAGUUACAACAGGAGAAGACCUGUCUCUUUCCACAAGCCCACUAAGGCAGGAGAAGAGGAAGAGGCUGAGUGAGAAGAGUGGCGAGGCUGCAGCUUAUCAACUUGCACAGAACAAAUAUGAGGAGCGGUUUGUGGGCAACCUCCUAAAGGGGAAGGUACCAGACGCAGAAGAAGCUGUGAAAGCAUUACAGGAACAAGAGCGUCACGGGAGAGAGCAGAACCCAAAGAUGGUUGUCAGAGGGAUCACUUACUAUAAAGCUGACCCAGUGGAGGAGGUAGAAACAGAGGAAAACUUGCCAGAAGAUGAAAGCCAUAGUGGAGACAGCCCUGUAGAUUUAUUCACAGAGGAGCAGUUUAUUCGUACCAAUUCCCCGGCAUUCAGGCCUCGCAUCAGAGUAUGGACAGUUCCAGCUAAUUCUAAACCUCCACCUGUGGAUGAGGUGGCUGUAGAACACAGCAAACCAGAGUCUCAAAUGGAGAAAUCUGAUUCUUCUCUGCCUGUCAAGAUGAAAAUGUCAAAUGAUGCAGAGCCUGGACUGCACAGAACCUCAGAGUCUGCUGAUUUCAGCACUUCAGUGUCUCCCUCAAACACAGAGAGCUUAAAAAGUGUCAGGCCCACGAUGCAGCCUACUCUUCCAAACCUCACUGAAAUCAAAGAAGGACCAGAGGAAAGUCAUGUUGCUCCAAAGGUUCAGAACAUCCUGGCCAACCCAUCCAGUUUGAGUCAUUUAAGAGUAAAGGAGUCAACUUCAGCUGCUCCUAAAAUGACUAUAGAUAUGGAAAAAACAACCUCAGCUACUGUCAUCAGUCAGUCAGCCAUUAAUAUUAAAACCUUCACUGAGCAAAACCGCGGCACAGGUACAUUCACCUCCAGAAAAGACUUGAUCCAGGACAUAGACAACAAAAAGGAAAACACACUGACAAGUCCAACACAAUCACCAAUCACUCAGAGACAAGCUGCCACCCUGCUGCCUACCGCUUCACCUUCCACGAUCGCUGUCACAACACCUACUCUCACAGACUCGGAGACCAUCACUGCUGGUACUACAGCCGGGAGCACAAAGCUGCAGAAUUCAGAAGCUACUGCUGUUGCUGCACCGCAGGUAACUGAGAGCAGGACUGAUUCAAGCUCAGCAGCAUCCAUGACCACUUUCAAACCAGUCACUACCUCUACUGCACCCUUCACAACCAUUACCACCACUACAGCAACUCUGACCAGCACCAGCAGACCUGCCAAGCGCAAGUACAGCAUCAGCUGGGACGAAGAAGAGGAGGUAGAGGAGGUGAAAGAAGUGGAGCUGAAAGUCUUUAAACCAGUAGUGAGAACUGAGGAGAACGUCCAGGAGAAACGUAAAAGACGACCAGCGGAAUGCAAGGACACCUUAGCAACAAUUUCCGAACCUGUUACGCACAACACAUAUGGCCGCAGUGAAGGAGCCUGGAUGAAAGAUCCACUGGCUCGCGAUGACAAGAUCUACGUGACUAAUUACUACUAUGGCAACCACUUGCUGGAGUUCCAGAACAUGGAUGUCUUCAAACAAGGGCGUUUCACCAACUCCUACAAGCUACCCUACAACUGGAUAGGCACUGGUCAUGUGGUGUACAAUGGUGCCAUUUUCUACAAUCGGGCCUUCUCUCGGGACAUUAUCAAGUACGACCUGCGGCUGCGCUACGUGGCGGCCUGGACCAUGUUGCACGAUGCUGUGCUGGAGGAAGACGAGGUGUCAUCAUGGAGAUGGAAAGGUCACUCUGAAAUGGACCUGGCCGUGGAUGAGAGCGGGCUGUGGGUGAUCUACCCGGCGCUGGAUGAUGAGGGUUUCCUGCAGGAAGUGAUCGUCCUCAGCCGCCUCAAUCCGAUUGACCUGAGCAUGCAGCGAGAGACCACCUGGAGGACCGGCCUGCGCCGCAACCGCUACGGGAACUGUUUCAUUGUGUGCGGCGUUCUGUACGCGACCGAUAACUACAGCCAGCAGGACAACAACCUGAGCUACGCCUUCGACACGCACACCAACACUCAGAUGAUCCCCCGGCUGCCCUUCAGCAACAACUACACCUACAUCACUCAGAUCGACUACAACCCCAAAGAGGGGGUGCUGUACGCCUGGGACAAUGGCCACCAGGUCACCUACAACAUCGUGUUCGCAGAUGUCGACCCCCUUUAAACACGUCAGAUAUUGGUCACUGUACAGAAAUGAUGUCUGUGGGGAAAAUGCAUUAUGUAAAAUGUGGAUUGUAGAGCAGUCCAAUUAGCAUUUGUCACAAUGUGUGUUAAAGCUCAUAUAGCCUAUUGUGCUUACAGAUGUGUUACAGAUGUUUUUUAAAGUGGCUACUAACAUAGCCUCUUCAGGUAAACCUUUUUUAGAAUAAAGUCAAAAGUUUUGUGUAUUAAUUACACACAAAAUACAUUUUUAUAGGAACAUUUCAACACAAGCUAACAUUUGUGUGUUUUAGUUUAUUUGUUGAUAUUUCUCAUGUACAUAUCUACAUACAUACAUCUGCAUUGUGUAUGCAUAAAGUUUACUGAAAUGCAGAAACAAGGACUAAUCUUUUAGUUUUAGCAUUACCAAAAAUAUAGCAUUGAUUAAAUUCAGACGUUUAUGACAUUCUUAAAGUUCAUAGACUUUACAAGUAGGUAAAAAUUAGGUAAAAAUUGUUUCUGUAGAUCCCAGUCAACUUAGUUAGUAGGCAUAGGUAUAUUGUGAUUAUUGGGUUUGCACUACUAAAUAGUCCUUUCAUCCUUAAUGAUCAUAGCUGUACCUCCCUGGGGGCUGGUAGAAAAUGUAUUUUGAGAUUCUAGGAAAGCAUUGUAUAUAGUGUGAUACUGCUUUAAGCUGUAAUAUGGGAUUAAUGAAUGUAAACUUUGUAAUUUUUUACCAAAACAUCAAAGAAAACAUUUGAAAACGGAAGCUCUCAAUUCGAAUUCCUGCUAAAUUUGUGUAUAUGUUAUAGCUUUGUGAUAGCUGUGUACUGCCUUGAACAUUUUUGUAAAGCACUUUUUUACAGACUGCAGGAAAAGGACUGCAAUAAAAUGUUUGAAUGA